UUAGCUGGUUAUCAGCCGCAAAUCGCGUUAAAUCUUUUGGGAAUAAGCUAUCGAUUUACUUGACCUUUUGUUGACAGUUCGGCUAAUAAGGGGCAACACGUCAACCGCGUUUUGUGACACUUAAAGGCGUAAACGGCCCCUAGUUACCAUUGCAUUUCAGCACGCACACGUUUGAAGUGGUAUAAAAUCGUGGCCUGUUUACCGUCCAGGCUCAGUGACUCCUAUGCCGACAUGACACUCGCUUACUUUCCUCCGCCAAAGGCACAGCCAUCGCUUUCCAGUAGCCUUGCACAGUCCGCUUGGCAGUUGGCUAUGCGAUUCGGCAAACGCACUACCAUACAUGGCCUAGAUAGGCUUCUCAGUGCCAGAGCCAGUAGGUGGGAGCGCUUAGUCUGGCUUUGCACCUUUGUAAUGGCGUUCUUGGGGGCUGUUUACGUGUGCCUGAUACUCUCGGCCCGCUACAACGCCGCCCACUUUCAGACGGUGGUGGACAGCACGCGGUACCCGGUGUACCGCAUACCCUUUCCGGUGAUUACGAUCUGCAACCGCAACCGCCUCAACUGGCAUCGUCUGUCUCAGGCGAAGUCAAGGUUCAUGUCGAACGUCAGCGACAUUGUGCAACUGUCCCUCUUUGAACGAAUCGUUGGCAGCUACGACGAUGCCUACUUUGGCCACUUUCAGUCCUUUGAACGGUUGCGCAACCAGCCAACGGAGCUGCUAAACUACAUCAAUUUUAGUCAAGUGGUGGACUUUAUGACCUGGCGGUGCGAUGAAUUGCUCACAGACUGCCUGUGGCGGCACUACGCAUACAACUGCUGCGACAUCUUUUCGAAGCGGCGCAGCAAGAACGGACUGUGCUGGGCGUUCAACUCCCUAGAGACGGACGAGGGGAGAAGAAUGCAGCUCAUCGAUCCCAUGUGGCCUUGGCGCACAGGAUCGGCGGGACCCAUGAGCGCACUAUCAGUGAGGGUCGUUAUUCAUGCCUCUAAGCACUGGCCCGGAACAAACGGUAAGGAUUCAUUGAAGGGCAUCGAUGUCAUGGUAACCGAACCGUUUGUGUGGCACAACAAUCCAUUUUACAUUCCCGCUAAUACGGAAACGACUCUGGAGAUCGAGCCCAUCAUCUACUUCUAUGAUAAUGACACACGAGGCGUUCGCUCCGACCAGCGCCAGUGUGUGUUCGACGAUGAGCACCUCAGCAAAGACUUCAAGUCCCUGCAGGGCUACGUAUACAUGAUUGAGAAUUGCCAGUCCGAGUGCCAUCAGGAGUACCUUGUCCGUUACUGUAAUUGCACAAUGGACUUGCUUUUUCCACCGGGCCAAUAUCGGUCGUGCCGGGCGCAGGAUUUGCUUUGCUUGGCGGAGCACAACGACCUGCUUCUUUACUCUCACCAGCCUGGUGAAAAGGACUUUGUGCGCAACCACUUCGAGGGUAUGUCCUGCAAGUGCUUUCGCAACUGCUACUCUCUGAACUACAUCAGCGAUGUUCGCCCCGCAUUUUUACCACCGGACGUUUAUGCUAAUUCCUCAUAUGUGGAUUUGGAUGUGCAUUACCGCUUCGAGACCAUCAUGGUAUAUCGCACAAGCCUUGUCUUUGGCUGGGUAGACUUAAUGGUUAGCUUUGGUGGGAUUGCCGGCUUGUUUCUUGGCUGCUCCUUAAUCAGUGGCAUGGAGUUGGCCUACUUUUUGUGUAUUGAGGUGCCGGCCUUUGGAAUCGAUGGCCUGCAUCGAUACUGGCAGACCCGACGGCAGAUGAAUAUGGAAACAACCGUCCCCUCUUCGAGGUUAAACAUUCAACAAAAUACCCCUAGUCAGCUAAUGGAGAACUACAUUUUGCAACUAAAGGCGGAGCAGGCACAACAAGAGGAGCUCAAACAGAGAGCAAACUUUCAAAAUUGGCAACGAUUAACAUUUGCAAAAAAGUAUGGUUAUAAAAAAUGAAUAAUGUGAGCUAAUA